UCAGGCGGCAUAAUGUUUGCUUUUCAGGUUCAGUCUUUGUUUUGGCUUAUCUGUCCCCGCGAUGGUAGAUAGAGUACAGUAGUCGGAUUAUAUCCUUUUCGUUGGGGAGUUUUUGCAGUAUUGUAUUUACUGCGUUACUCCAGGCGUUAUUUUUGUGCUCAUGAUAUUUUUCAGUUAAGUUCAAGCUAAUAUCUUCGCUUUUGACAAGCUGGGCAGCAAUGGCUAACGAUGCGGAGCAUGUUUGCUUUCGCUCAGACCGAUGCCUCUCAUCGGGAUAGACAAAUGAUUUCACUGUGAAUUUUCCAUCUUCGAGGCUGCCAAGAGCCGACACAUAGCUGCCAAAACUUGUUUCUGCCUCCAAUCUUUAUGCCCGUAUCAACUAUGGAGACCACUCAGGUGACUCUGGCUGUCAGAAGUGAAACAUCCCCAGGUGAGGUGAUUGCUGUCGUUGGUAGCUGUGAAGCCCUGGGUUGCUGGAGCCAUCAAAAAGCUGUGACAUUACAUCCAAGUGGUAAUGAUGGAAAUACCUGGAUUGCAACAAUCACUGUACCUAAAGGAAUUGUUUCCAAGUACCGCUACUUCAAAGGCUUCUUUCUGGAGUCAAAGAGUGCAGGUGGUCCCUGUCAAGUGAUAGUCAAUAUGUGGGAGACCCAUCACCAGCCCCGCACGAUGAGCCCCACAGCAUCACACCAGAAUAUUGAUGAUGGGCAAUUUGGAAUUCACAAUGGGGUGAAUUGUGUUGACUCUGGGUGGCUCACAUGCCAGACAGAGAUUCGCCUACGUCUGCACUAUUCUAAGACGUCUCCGGUGUCCAUCACGAAGAAGAAAUUCAAGAAGUCUCGGUUCAGGAUCAAGCUGACAUUGGAGGGCAUUGAGGAGGAGGAAGAUGAAGAGGACGAGGCAAUCAGUCCUUCGUCUUGGCCCAAGAUGACCUCCACUCUGGACAUCAGUAUGAUCAGUGCCAAUGGCUAUAAGUCGCGUCACUCACAGCCUGAGUGUGGGAACGCACUGGAGCCCUCCCAGUGGACUGAGUACAGUAUCCACACCAUGGACCCAGACAACCUAGAGCUCACCUUUGAGUUCUUUGAGGAGGAUCUGGGUGAGCAUGUGGUCCAGGGAGAUGCUCAUCCCGGACAUGUGGGCACAGCUUGCCUCCUCUCCUCCUCUUUUUUGGAGAGUGGCAAAGACAUCGGAGUGGCCACACUUCCAAUAAUGGGUCGAAAUUUCAGACAGACCAUUGGGAAAGUUAGAGUGGAUUACCUGGUGAUUCGGCCCAUCCAGGGACUGCAGUGUGACAUGAGCUCCUCGUUCACCAAGUACUGGAAGAAAAGGAGCACUCUGGAUGUGGGACACAGAGGAGCAGGCAGCACACAUGCAGCCAAGCACCACAGAAUCAGGGAGAACACAGUAGCCUCAUUCAAAAGUGCUGCCAAGCAUGGUGCAGCUUAUGUGGAGUUUGAUGUUCACCUCUCCAAGGAUGCUGUUCCUAUUGUAUACCAUGAUCUGACAUGCUGCAUAUCCACCAAGAAGAAAAAUGACAAGACUUCACUUGAGCUCAUUGAGGUGCCAGUCAAAGACUUGACAUUUGAUCAGCUGCAGCUUCUGAAGCUGGCCCAUGUUACUGCAAUGAAAGAAAAUGAUAACAAAGAUUUGCUGGACGAUGAAGACGAAAUUGAUGAGCAUCAGCCAUUCCCAUCACUCUCGCAGAUCUUUCAGGCUAUUCCUGAGCAUGUGGGUUUCAACAUUGAGCUCAAGUGGAUCUGCCAGAUGAAGGACGGGUCAUGGGAUGGCAACUUAUCAUCCUACUUCAACAUGAAUACCUUCCUUGACAUCAUCCUGUCCUGUGUUCUGCAAAAAGGCGGCAAAAGACGCAUCGUCUUCUCCUGCUUCGACCCAGAUAUCUGCACCAUGGUGCGUCACAAGCAGAACAAGUACCCCAUCCUCUUCCUUACUCAGGGAAUUUCAGAAAAGUAUCCUGAACUAAUGGACAUCCGCUGCCAGACCACACAGAUCGCCAUAAGUUUCGCCCAGAGUGAGAAUAUUCUGGGGAUCAGCGCGCACACGGAGGAGCUGCUUAAGAACCUCACCUACAUUGGGGAUGCCCAGUCUAAAGGCCUGGUGGUGUUCAGCUGGGGAGAUGACAACAACGACCACGAGACCCGGAGGAAGCUGAGAGAGCAGGGAAUCGAUGGGCUCAUCUAUGAUAGCAUCUGCGAGGACCAAGGAGAGCAGCCAAAUAUCUUCCAAGUAGAGGAGCAACACUCCCUGCAGGAGGUUAUUACAGAGGAGACCCUAAAGAGCUCCACCUGUUCCUGCUACUCCAUUCCUUGCUCCAUGGCUCCCUGCAUUGCCUCCAAGGCCCGUGCUGGCAGUGCUGAGUCCGAUUCUGGCCUCAGCUCCUCAUAAGUACACCUAAACUACCUUUCAAUAGACCUCACUUCUCACACACACUUUAGAGGACCAAGGUGUACUUGCUCAAAGAUAAAAGAUCAGGUUUGUGUAUGUAUUUUAAAAUUUUGCUCACAAUAAUAAAACCUCUUAAAUUAUCUCCACUCCACUCAGUGACAGAUUUUGUCUGCUGUCAUGUAUCUUCACAAAAUGUUUGUUAUAUAUGUUUUCUGAUAAAAUAGGUGGAUGGUUUGCCUAAACAUUAAGGUGAUGCACAUGUUUUUUCGUCGACCAGUUUUGGGAUCUGAACAGUAAGCACAAAGGUCUUCAUAAAAGUGGAAUUUCACAGUGGAUAUUUAUUUAGCCAAAAUGUUUCAUCUGUUCAUAGUCGAAGUGCUAAAAGAUUCUGCAUAUAUUUUACAGGUGUAAAGGUGUAACAUGUCAGCAAAUUGUAUGUCAAAAUGUUGAUGAUGAUGUAGGAUUAUGCUGUUUUUCUGUUUCUGCUCUUAUGUCUUUUCUGUGCGUGUAGCCAUUACCUUAAGUGUUAAGGAGUAGUAGCUACUGAUUGCUAUUUCAGGUAUGGGAAAUAAUUUGGGAGUGUAUCUGGCACAUCCAUUGCUGGGUCUGGUUUGCAUACUACACUCAGUACAAGAAGAUGUGCAUUUGGAUGACUGUGUGUGUUGCCAUUAAUGAAUGCUCACCUCUUGGUGGAUAGACUACAGCACUUAGAAGAAGCCUACAUGGCUGAUUAAUCUACUCUUGAAUGGAUUGAAAGAACUUGCUCCUCCUUUCUUCGCCUUCAAACACCUGCUUAUUGACUGGAUUUAUAGCUAUUGCUGUUAUUUAAAUACUGCAUGCAUACUGGAUGUACUGUAUCCUUUGUUCUUUUUAUCAACUUGAUUUGAGAAAAAUCUGAAUGUUUUGUUUAUGACAGUGUACACAUACCACAGCCUUAAAGGGGGAAAUUGUAUGCUUCUUGCUUUUUUGUUUCAAAAUCACCAAUACCUCACUCAUCGUCUAUUAGAAGAGACUUGAGUGUGGAUGUCUGUACAGAAUGAACAAAUACUUCUAUACUACCUUUAAAUCUUAUUUCACCUCACAACCAAAUGCUUCUUAUUGCAUGACAGAUUAUUUUUUGGAACAAAUUAUGCUUGAUAUAUUUUAUCAUUUGAGUAUAAAAAUGUGUUGGUAUGGUGCAAAUGGUGAUGCUGCAUUUUGAACAGAGCAAAACAAAUCCAUUUAUAGUAUACUGUCUGUAUAUCUGUCUUAUUGCACAGUCUCUUCAAACUCAUGAUGGAGUCAUGCAUAGUCUGUAUAUGUAUAUGAAUGAAGUACCAGAGAGAAUAAAAGAAUCUAGUGUUUAAUACUAACUGCCACUUCAGAGCAGAAGAGUGUAAAUGAUAAUGUAAAUAAAAUCAAUAUGUAUAUUUGUU